CCUGCCUGUGCUUUAGAACCUACAGGAAACUGUCAAAGAAGGUUCGGCGCAGUCAACAUGUGGUGGGGCGUUCUCAGCUUGCUGUCCUGGGUCCCGUUGCAAGCAGCCUCGCUGACCGUGGAAACCAUCACAGUGGAGGAAGGCCAGACACUCACCCUGAAAUGUGCAACUUCUCUGACACAGGAUGCCUCUCUCCAGUGGCUGGCCCCUUCCGGCUUUACCAUUUUUUUUAAUCAGCAUCCUGCUUUAAAAAGUUCCAAAUACCAGCUUCUCCACCACUCGGCCACAGAGCUCUCCAUCCGGGUGCCCAAUGUAACGCUGCAGGAUGAAGGCGUGUAUAAGUGCUUACAUUAUGAAAGUUCCGUGAGGAUGAAGAAGCAAGUGAGGGUGAUUGUGUUAGUGACUCCUUUCAAGCCGACUGUGGAAGCUUUGGUUCUCAGAAGGCAGAACGGUGAAAAACAUGUUGUUCUGAAAUGCUCCACAGAGAGGAGCAAGCCCCCUCCGCAAAUCACCUGGCUGCUGGGGCGUGAUAUGGAGAUCUAUGGCGGACUCCACCAUGAGUUUGAAACUGAUGGGAAAACCUGUAACACCACCAGCACGCUCAUAGUCCACUCGUACGGCAAAAACUCAACAGUGCACUGCAUUAUCCGACACAGGGGCCUGCAAGGAAGGAAGCUGGUUGCCCCCUUCCGGUUUGAAGACCUGGUUGCAGAUCAAGAAACAGCUUCAGAUGCUCCGGAGCAGGGCUCUCACUCGUCUCAAGGCCCCCAGCAGCCCACGAGUACGGUCUCAAUGAUGGGAAAUUCCAGUAUACAAGAGAUUGACGAGGAAGAGGAAGAACAUGUCACUCAAGACCCUGACUUGGCCACUGAAGCCAGCGCUCAGUACAUAGGCCUGGAGAAGAGGAAGAGUGGUAUCCUGCUGCUCAUCCUGGUGUCCUUCCUCAUUUUCAUCCUCUUCAUCAUUGUUCAGCUCUUCAUCAUGAAGCUCCGUAAAGCACACAUGAUAUGGAAGAAGGAAAGUGAAAUUUCAGAGCAAACUCUAGAAAGUUACAGGUCAAGAUCCAACAAUGAGGAAACAUCUUCCCAAGAGAAUAAGAGCCAGACUUCACAGUCCAAGCGUUGUAUGAACUACAUCACUCGGUUAUACUCAGGAGCCAAAACAAUGAGGAAGGAGAAUGCGCAGCAUUGGAAACUAGGAGGCAAGAACAGUCGUGUCCCAGAGAGUAUUGUUUAAGUGUUCCCUGCCACAGAAGACAGGAUUUCAGGGCAGCUGGAUAAGGCCCUGGAAAGGAGCAUAAGCACUGUGGCAUGAAAAAAAUGUCCAUUGAGUACAAUUCAGGACAGUGUCCACUGAGCCAGGGCAGCCACAUGACGACCAAGCCAUGGACAAAAAGCUCCUCAUUGAAAGAAAAACAUCGAAAGAACCUAUUAUGACUGACACUACUUCAGAGCUGGAGAACUCUACUAAGUCUUUUGGAUCGGGGUCAGUAUGACCAGCGCACAUCUGACCUCAAAGGGAGCAGUAGGCAGCAGUUUUUAGACAUGGGGCUGGUAUCAGAGCUGUUUAAAUUGGUUUAAAAUCUUUCCUUCCGGUCAAGAAGAACUUAAGGAUGCGAAGCACCCAAAGAAGACCUGAGAUACCAGAAGCCCGCAUUCAAGACAGGCUCUCGGAAGGUGCCACAUGGGCAACGGGGUGGGGGGAUGGGAUGUCACAUCAUGUGAUGGACAUGAAGACCCAGACAUCUACACACAACUCUCAACACAAGGACUGAACUCAACUGCCAGUUUCUUAGGUUGACUUGCUAUCCAUGUGCACCAACCUGGCAGACAAUUUUUUUUAACCUGAUUACAUCAUAACAAAAGCAUGUACAGAAAAAAACCAUGGGUUUAAUUGACAGAUUGUUAAACUCAUAGUGGUAUUGGAACUUCUUUAAUAAAGACCAGAGUGAGUCUUUCUGGA